AUGCCACCAAAAAAGCGUGGUCACAAUGCCCGCGGACGUGAGAAGAUAUUUCGCAACGCCGUACAGCAUGUACACGUGGGUAUUGGCUACAACGUCCUCGGGGCGAUAAACAUGCAACCUGCCGGUGGAUUCACCGAUGAUUGGGCGCCACAUCCCGAGAGCGAGGAUUGUGCCUUCCUUACUGAAUUGAACGAGCAAAUGCUUUCUCACUCAACCACAGAUUUUAAGAGUUUCCGGUGGGAGGUGCUGGAUUUGUGCAGUUCACGCGCAUUGUUUCAACUUAAUCACCGUAAGAUAGCCCAAAAAUUGUUACUUGCCAUGAUGAACCGUGACAAGUUCGCUGAGGGAUUUGAAGCAUUUGCUCGACUCACCGUGGCCUUUGCACGGGACAUGCGUGAAAAGUUUUUUCUAUAUUUUGAAUGCUUCCAUCAGGCCAUUAAUGGGGGUAUAUAUGACGCGAACGGGCAGCUUCUGGCGGAAACUCGACGCCUGCAACUUAUUUUCUCUGCACAGGCAGCGUGGUGCCGUGAAAUGCGACCCUUUUGGCUCCUGCAGGAGCAACGAAAGCUGGUCGAACUUGUCAUUAAAUUGUACGUGCGACAGAUGCAUGAUUCAAAGGAAUACAUACGGCGGUUGGCAGCCGAAGUCCUGGCGUCGACAUGUCGAAUGACGCGUGAGUUGCUUCCGUUAGUGUUGGAAGUAAUGUGUGUCGAUGUUGUGCACGAUUUCAAAGACUACUGUGGUGACGAUGCACGCAAGGUUCGCGGCGCAGACGAUGAUGUUGACGGAAUGGAUAACGAAGAGGAAUAUGAGGAAAGUCAUGGUACGAUUGGUACUCACCAUGAGGAAGGCAAUAGGGUAAGGGAAGUGAUGGGUUCAAAAACAAAUGCUCUGACACUCGACCGACUAUUAAGGUACCAGAAGGAACGUCUCUCGUUCCUUCCAGUUGUUGAUAGUUUGUGUUUCUUCGCUGCUGAUGUUCUACGUGGAAUUCGUGGCUCACUCAAUACAAAUUUUGAGAACUUUUACGUCGUGCUAAUAUACGUUUUUGGUCUUUCCAAGCGCACAAAUUUCUCAAGUGCUUACGAUUCUGGGUACGGAGUAAACGAACAAGAAUUUUUCGGUUUCACAGUGGAGGAAGCCGAAGGGUUUGCCCAUUAUACCCAUUGGAAAGAGUUGUUUCUUGAGAGUCGGGAAGAAUACGAAAAGGAAGGGGUGGAAUUCGUGCAACAGCAUGGUGAUACCCAAACCGGAGUACUUGGUGAGCUGGUGCAAAUGAUCGGAGCCACUUCGAUCGGCAGCGCUCUCCGCACUUUGAUUGAGGAGACUGCCAACUCCUCAGCCACUGCCGCCUCAAUGGGUGAUGUUGAUGAUGAUUUUGAGGAGGAUAGAGAUGAUAGUGGAAGCGUGCACUCACCACCGUUGCAAAUGCUGACGACCGUGGUGGCAACGCUUGACUUCACUGCUCCUUUUCUGCAUCUACUUCAGCAGUUAUUGCAUGCCAAGGAUUGUUUACUUUUGUGGAAGGGCGCUUCGCUACCGGCGAUACGACAAAUGGCAAAACAACUACAAUUUUUUCUGGCAAACCGGCGGGAAACCUUGGCACACAACGAUGUUGCGAUAUGUGGACAUCCAACGGCAGGUUGGUGUCAUCUCGUACGCUCUUGUGGUGCCGCACUCGAGUUGUUUACGCCAUUAUGUGUUGAUACCGGGAUGGUGCCGCGCUCUCACAUGGCCAAAUUACACGAUCUGUGCCUGCCACUUUGCCGUGAUAUCAUCUCAACGUGCGUGUCAGUUAGCUCUUUCAAAGGUGAUGGGUCUAUUGGUCCUCAAGGUGUAACGUUGGAUUUAGAGCUGCAAACUUCAACGCGGCUUUUGCUUUUUGCGUUUGUGCAAGAUGUGUUGCAGAAAAACUACGCCUACAGCUUGCGGCAAGAACGGAUCAUUCAUGAGCGUGACGAUGAGGAGAGCGCAAACCAAAUGGGAACGGUAGGUCGAAGUAGAAGUGGCUCUGACCGGGUAAAGUCUCGGUUGACUUCCUUCGCGUAUGCGCUUCUAGCACCAGUGCUUCAUGCCUCGUGUAAAAUGGCAAACGCAUCUCUCUCUAAGCUUAACAGCGGAGACACUCUUGAAGACAGGGACGAAGCUAGUCACUCUUCGGGUCCGGAUGAAGAGUCGAUAGCGUUUCGUGACACAACCCACGCGGUUAUGAUGAUUGGGAUGAUGUGCGAUCGCACAAGAAACACUUCAGUGAGCCCCUUACACCUGCUGACCACGACGACCCUUACCACCGCCUUUGGUGAGGGAAGUAAAAAGAGAAAUAAUAAUAAUAACAAUAAUAAUUUGUCUCUUGAGGAACGCGUCACGCUAAUGAAGGACAUUCAGACACUUUUGCUUGGCACUGCUGCGCUGUUUACAUCCUUGCAAAGUGCUGCUGAAGCAUUCACAGCACGCACGAAAGCAGCUAAGUGGGCCGAUGUACUGAUUGCCGUUCUUCCUCCUGCCCUCGUUGUUGCCGAGGCAGAACGCACCACACUGAGACAAACACGAGGAAAUGAGCCCGCCGAGGCAAACGCCUUGUUCGCUUGGCAGUUUCGCGAUGCGCUAUUACAGGUGAUAUCAGCGGUGAAGCUGGCUGUGCAUGGGGCGCCAUCCGCUACUUCUGCACGUGUCACUGCUUCUUCUUUUGCUCUGUUCGCACAAGCUUCGGCUUUGCUCAUGCAAUUGGCACCCCUCUGCGGUGCACCGGAAAGUGAUAAAGACUCCAUGGAGUUUAUUAGGGAUGCCGUUGUAAUUCUUGCGACUAGCUUUGAGGAGCAUCGCGUAGUGAUUUUGGGUGAUAGCGAGGUGGGACGGUUACUACACGGUAUGGAAUGCCUGUUGCAUGCUAUGUUUCGAUUGUUUGGUGUGGAAGAGAGCCUCGUAGCAGAUGGAGAAGGUAGUGAAGCUACUGUAGCUGUUCAUAAAAAGGAAAAGGCGAAGGGCCACGUCGUAUCACAGCAAAUAUCACAACAGCGGCAAACCUUUCUUAGAGCAACGGCGCGGCUACAUGAAACAUUGGACGACAAGUCACAACGUGCUUUGGUCCAUACGCUUUUAUUUGAGGCUCUUGUGUCACCGAUACAGUCGUUGCGCGUCGUAGCGUUGCGCCUGCUGAGGCUUUUCUGUCACCCUGAAGUGGAAGAUACUAAAAGGGUUUCUGGUUGCAGUUCGGUCGAUCCGACAUUCUUCGAUUCGUUACUUCGCGCUGAACUUUUUAAUCCUCUUUCAUCGGCAGGAAAUCUGGACGGUAUUCAGCAAGCACUUGCGAAGUUAUCGUUUGAUGCCGCUUCUGGAGCGCUGCGUGAGCCCCUGAGGCGAGUGAUUCUCGCAAGGGCAAUGAUGGGGCUGCUGCACACAAAAUAUUCUGUCGCCUGGCCCAUUGCACUGAAGAUUCUCUCCGAUCUGGUGAAAAGUGAGGAUACAGUAGCUCGACGGCACGGCACCGGUUUACAUCAGCUGAGAGACGACGGGUCCCCUUUCGGUGACAACGAAGAGGUUGAGGAUUGUAAAAGUUUACUUGACCCCCUUGUGUGGGAGACCGUUAUUUCCCGGUACGCACGCUCCAUUGUCUUAGGCGACAUUGUUCGGGUUGCGUCAUCCGCUUCUAACGAGUGCGAUACUGAUGAUUGUUACAAUAAUAACAGUACCAGCAACUACAAGGGCACUGAGUCGUCCAUUCAUAGCAGCAGUUCCCCACUCUUUUAUCGAAUUCAACUGACAGAUAUGCAGCGACACGAGAAGGGCGAGCUGGUAAGCAAGGACUUUUCUACAGCACAGUAUAAAAGUUCCACUGUUACUUGGUUGUUACUGGUAAAUAACGAUGGUGAAAUAUUGAUGUGGGAACGACAUUACCUCCCGGCUGUUUCACCAACAUACACACAUGGUAGAGCUGCAGCACGUCACGCAACAGAUCGUGCUGUGUUGGCAAAGACGUUUCUUUCGGGCCUAUCGGACAUGGCUCGAACGGGUGGAGGAUCGGCAGCCGACACCAAAGAUUCACUUGUCGCGGAGUUAGCGGUUGAGUUAUCUGCGAUUCGAUGUGGGGAGCACCCAAGCGGCAUACGUCAUCUCAAGAUGUUGGACGAACGUCUCACGUUGGCGUUAAAUGCCUAUACAGCAGCCGCUACAGUCGCCUACACAGAAGAAGAGUCUCCCCUACAGCCGUCGGGCCAAUCAAGGGAGGAUGCAACCCUCUUAACUAAACGGCUCCACCGAAUUUGUGCAAGUCUUGUAUCAGAUUCAAAUACCAAACUACAGCGGGCAGCGAUUGAUCUACUACGGCGUCUUAAGGUCGCACCGUUUUCCCGUUAUUACCGUCAGCUUGUCCCAUUCUGCGACACUCAGCAGAACCUUUUCAACUUUCUUUCAAGUUUUCACGUGGAGACUGACGUACCGCAGGAGCAUCGGGCCGAUUAUAUCGCAACUGCGCUUACUGUUGCUCUCCCCAAACUGACGAGCAGCGUUUCACGGGAUAAAGUGAAGGAUCAGGCGGUUCUCCAGCGUCGACUACUCGCUUUUGUUACGCACCUCACGGACAGAGGAGAAUUUACAGCUGUCCUUAACGGACUUGUUCAGAGACUCAUUGUUGAGCAUGUCACACCAACAAAGGCUGCAGGAAGUGGGGUCUUUUGUUUCGGCAGCUGGUGGGAAAAGUGGGUAAGAGAACAAACACAUUGUACACGCCGCCUUGAGCGUCUACUGCGGCAGUUGCUGAACACCACAAAACUGUUGAGUGCACUUCUGCAGGCGGUCGGAAAGGGGUUCUCCUCGUUCGCAGGCACUUGUCUACUACUUGGGAUAAACGCGUACCUUAUCAGUUGCAAACAAACCCUACUCGCCCCAUUGAGUGCGACCACUUUCCCUGGAAUAAACGGCGGUGCUUGUGACGACGGAGCGACCCAAGAAGAGAUUGGGUGGCGCGUGAAAAGUGCACUAAGCUCUUCAGCACUGAAGUCACUCAUGUCUCGGAUGCGCCGUGGAGCAGCGACGAUGGUAGCAUCUUUAUUUGAGCAGUUUCCCGCUGAGGUUAUGGAAACCCUUCGUGCUGACCUCGGUGUAGGGAGCGGCGAUACUGGUGCUGCUUCAGUUGAGCACAGUCUUAUUUCCCGUUAUGUCGCUGCCCUGCAUAUGAACGGUGGAGGUGCUGUGGCCGAGUUGAUUGGCGACAGCCAACGAGCAGCUGCGACUCCGUUUAUGCGUCUGGUACGCGCUUGGAUAGCUUCACCGCAUACGCUGCCGCUCGUUGGCACAUUCGCAGGUGCUGUUACGGAGAUGAUUAAACAGUUAUUUGCUGCAAAUUCGACGGUUACCGGAACCACCAAUACCAGUGGUUCGGGACUAUCGGUCUUAUCGAGAAAUAAUCAACAACAAACUGCAGUACUGGCCUUGCACGAAGGAUUGCGCUGUGUCGCUGAACUUCUAAAUGCUAGUGAUGAGCAGAUUAAUGUUUUUGGAGCGACUGAGCAAUCGACUUUACGUGUCAUGUUUGUCGAACCUCAUGUUUCUGAAAUUUUCACAUCUUUGUACACACUCAUCAGGAGAGGUGCUUCAUGUGGUGUCAGGGAAAAGAACACUCGUUUCCCCGCGUCGAGGGAUAAGGGGGGCCGACCCGCCACAACCGUUAUGUCUUUUAGUGUUUCUAUGUGGAAGGAGCUGAUUGCGACCGUUUCCAUGCUCACUGAAUAUGUUGUAGUAAUCGAAAAGCAAAAUGCCGAGGAGAAGGAGUCUGCUGGGGGGAAGCACGCUAAUUCGGAAGAUACAAAUACAAUGUUGUCCCGUCUUCUAGAGAUGUGUAUUGCCUUUGUCGCCCAUCCAGCUUGUAUGAAGGACCGGGAAACUUGCGUGGCAGCAGUUGGGGUUUUGGAAUAUCUUUUACCACACGUUCAUCGUAUUAACGUGCUGCUCCACUACGAACCCCUCGUGCACCUUUUCAAUGCAGUGACAAACCCAGAGGCACGGCUGCUACUUUGCCGGACGCUGAACGUUAUGCUUACACAAAUGGGUGCGGUUUCAUCUUCUUCCGAUCCUGUUAGUUGCUUCUGCAACGAAGAAAACACCGAUUUUCUCCUUGACGGUGUGCAACGUGGCUCCAGGGGCUACGCCGCACAAUUGGCCGCGGUGGGUCGGGCAGUUUCUUGCCUGAACAGUUUUGAUGAUAACAAUAGCUCGCUAGAUCGCUAUGACUUUGAUCUCCGUUUCCAUACGCUGCGGACGCUACAGCAAUUCUUUCAUAAUGGUGGUGAAUCUGCGCCGGUUAGCAUUGGGAAACGGAAGCGUGCUCAACAAAGCCAAGUAAGGGAAGAGCGUGAUUAUAGCGGUGAUUUUGACUCCACCAUACCACUUGAUGACCUCGAGGCCCCGGUGCUCUGCGUGGAGGGUUUCCUUGUUUUGGCUUCGAAUGCUGUAUUUUUCCUUCGCGAUCCUGAGGGAACCAUCUCGGCUCUUGCUGUUCAAGUUGUUGAAGCGAUGAUCCGAUAUGCAUCACGUCAAAAUACGAGGGUAGCUGAAUACGAUACACUCAUUCUCAACCAAGUCAUUAGGCGGAUCAUCUUGCCCUCGCUACGCCGGGGUGUUGUGGCACGUGACGUUCAUAUUCGAAACUCACACAUGCAGGUGUUUGGUGCCCUUGCGCAGCACUACAAAGACUCAUUCCGGUCAUUUGCUGCGCUUUACGACCGCAAUGUGGAGCUCAAUUUCUUCGUUAAUAUAGGUCAUUUACAGCACCGAUGUCGCCUAAAUGCGCUUGCACUUCUGCGGAAGAAGGUGGACCAGUUGCAUCCACGUGACGCUCUCCGUGUUUUCGUUCCGUUUCUUUUGGCCACCGUGAAGGACUUCGCGCAGGGUAAAAGGGAUCUACAAAACCUCACGGAGGGACGUGCGAAGGGAUACUGUGAUGCGCUGUUGAACACCGUGGCAACUGUUGCAGGUAUGUUGCCGUGGGAGGGUUACUACCGUUUACUAAGCCUGCUUCUUAUUAAUGCACAGGAAAACGCUUCCUUGCGGCUUCCGAUGCUUCAGGGGGUUGUGUUGGUACUCGACCAUUUCCAUUUUUUGGAGGAAGGUGUCGAUGAUAAAAUUGGUACCUGCAGUAAUAAUAAUAAUGAUAUUCCUGAAGAUGGACGGCAAAGAAAGGGCGCCGAGGAGAGUCCUCAGACAGCGCAGGGGGAUGAUUAUGAUGAGGAUGAGGAUGGAGAAAAUGACGAUGAUGCAGUGGCUGCAGCUUUGGAAGUGACACUUCGUGCUAAGCGCAUUAAAUAUCGCAAUGCACGGAUAAUGCAUGUGAUGGAGGAUGACAUCUUACCGCAGUUGUACGGUUUUUUAUCGAGUGGCACCCGUAGAAGUGGUAUUCAUGCGAGUGGGUCUGAGGUUCUUGUAAGCGCUCACACUGCCACAAGUGUUAGAGAUGAAAUGCGGAAGACUGAUGGGGCACAACAAAACACGACUAUCCUUCAGUUACCAGUUGCAAUCGCCAUUACGAAGAUUGUGAAGCGCUUUCCGCUUGACAGGUUCUCUUCGCAUGCAGAGCAAUUGCUCGAUGAAGUGGUUCUGAAACUCCGAACGAAGAAUGAUAAACAUCGCGAGCGGGCGCGCCGUGUCCUCAGUGCAAUGAUGUGCGAGGUUGGGCCGGGGAAACUGGGUUUCAUUAUUACAAAGCUUCGGGAUCACUUAGUGCAUGGCUACCAGUUGCACGUUCUAGGUUACACAGUUGUGACACUUCUUUACAACCUCUACGAACCGCGCCACUCCCUUUCAUACGGGAGGAAAAAAACACCAGGAAAAAAACUUCACAAAGAAGCCGGGGCGAAGGCGCGGCAUUCUGUAGUGGGAGGUGGCGAAGCAAUCAGACCAAAUGGUAGUCAACAACACGACAAGCAGGGAGGAGGCGCACUUGGUCAAACGAGUAACAGUAAGGAAAAGAGCGGUGAUGAUGUUACAACGGGCAACCACGAAGAUGACGAGGAAGAAGAGCUACUACGCAUGAUUAUACCUGCUGCUGUUCAAUUUGAUUACGAAUACGGUGUCUCGUGUUUAACCGCCUGUCUUGACGAUAUCAUGACAAUACUCCUUGAUGACUACCUUGGCGAGGUGAGUGAGCAGAAACGGCAGGUGGAACUGAUGAGCACAAUGCUUGAGGUGAAGAGCAGUCGGGCACUGCAUGGUUUUACACUUAUCGCAUCACACUGUCAGGCGACCCGCGUGAUUGAAGUUUUUCUGCAGAAAAUAACAUGGUUGCUCACACCUCCUAGCGAAGCAGCUAACGUGGAGACUAACACCCGGGGCGGUGGCGCGCGUGCUGGCGCAUUGCUGCUGCUUCAAGAACUCAAGACAAAGUAUAGCACCAUCGGCAAAAGCGCUGCGGCUGACUUUGCUUUCGUGCAGAAGGUGCGUUUGCUGGCUGUCCGUGUGGCCCGAGCCCUCCUCAAGAACGCAACCAUGGAGGUGGAAAGCUCAUUUCGUGUGGUGCGGGACUUGCUUCACCGCCACAACGAAACGAGAGAAGAGAAGAUUAAAAAGUUCGAAGCAAAAGAAGGGACCCGCCGUAUCCGAGGAAGCGCACAGCUCAUAGCACAGCGCCCGUCCGUGAUUGCAACCACGCGUCGUGAGCAACUGGAUGCUAAUUUUCUUGUCGCACCACGACCGGAGCGAGUGGACGUCGACUUUAGUGCUCAUACUGUACUAGCCACUCAACAGAAGCAGAAACUCCGAACGUAUCGUGGUCGAUACGGCAAAGACGUGAAACAGGCAGCAAAGCACUUUUAUCGUGAGGACCCAACAGCCGCAGUGGUUCUCGACACUUUGGAUGAAUUUCUUCUUAAAUACCUUCUGAGUGUGCUCAAACAAGUUCUCGGCAUGGGAAAAGAGCGUAAGUCAUCCAAGAUUGCUGUACGUCUUGAUCUCCUGCGCUCAAAAAACAAACAAAAGGAGGAACAAACCGAUGGAGAUAACUACAUCACUCACACCAACGCAUCGGACGAAGAGGGAGAACAAGAUGCUUCCAGCGUAUCUUCGGCUGACGUGCUACUCGAUCCGGAGAACUUGGAUGACAGAGAGGGUGAUGCACUGGAUCGAUUUGCUGCUGAAGCCGAGGAGAGGGAUGACGAACAGAGGCAAAAGGAAACCGGGGAGCCGUCUAAAAAAUUAUGUGUUCGGACGGAAAAGAGGAAACGACGUGGCUCAGCCGAUUUGACGGCAUCAUUCACUCGACACUACCAACAACUAUUGGAAGAGUUGGUGCCUGUUGUUUUGUCGACACUCCAUGGUGAGGGGAGUGACGCGGUUAUCGGGUACGCACUUGACUGUAUGCUGGCCCUUCUCUCGUUGCGUCCACCUUUGAAGAUCGUGGGAAUGUAUCAUACAAAUCUUUACGAUACCGUUACCGCCUUUUUUGAGCGAGGUGGUUCUGUCAAGCAGCGGGCAAUGCGAGUGGCAGCGUCGGUAAUAUCCCACCAGCGUUUUACGCUAACGGAGGCACAAGCGUCACAAAUCACAGGCCUUUGCCAUGCAGAGCUGGUUGAGCGUAAUCGGUUUGCUCCUAUGGCACUAACCCUUUUUUACGCUGUACUCGGUAGGCACGUGCACGUGGUUGAGGUGUACGAAUUGAUGGGUGUAGUGACCGAGUUACUAUUGCAUGUCAGUGCUAAGCGGCUUAUGCGCCAACGAUGUAUUUCCGUUAUCACUCGUUUCCUAACAGAGUAUCGGAUGACACCGGAAAAAUUCCGGUCGCACAUGGAUUUAUUAUACCGAAACAUGGAUUACCCAGAGGUAACCGGUCGUAUCGCUUUAUUGGAGCUCUUCAUCGCCCUUAUAAAUCGACUACCCACUGUAGUUCUGAGGCAGGAGGCUCCAUUGCUGCUACUCCCACUCGCAGUUACUCUGUCGGGCUCAGAGUUUCUUGAGGCGAGGAGAAAGGCGGGCACGGCACUUCAAGAUUUGGUGCGGAAUGCCGGUGUUGACACUGUUGUGCCUACACUAUCAAAAUGGCUUGAAAAAGAUCAAACCCGUAAACGGAAAACAAUAGCUCUACAAACUUGGGCGUUGAUGCUUUCUGCCAUUGCAUCUGCUCUCGGACUUAGUGGGAAAGACAAUGAUUCAAGCUCGGAUAAUACAAAGGGUAUCACCGCAGAGGCGGAGGAGUUCGCUACUUACUAUACCUGGUCACUACCAUCCAUUAUGGACGCAGCAACAUAUGAUCAAAUUAGUGCGUCGCGCAUCAGGCGACGUUCCGAGGAGCUUUCAGGAACUUUGCGACGAAAGAUCGAAAUGAAGGGUUGGAUGUACGUUUUCUUUGGUUUGCGGUGCGUGGAAGCAAUAGCUAGCGCUGCUCCCUCGCUUGUGUGGCACGAUGUAACCUUUGCCAAACCCCUUGUGCUGUAUCUUUCUGGCCGUCUUAUUCUGCACACGCAUCCCUGGGUGCGAGGGGUGGCGUUGAGGCUACUGGGUAUGUACUGUACGAAUGGUGUGGAAACACGGUGCUCGUAUUUGGUUGAUGAUGGAUGGGUUGGUGCACAUCUUGUCACUAGCGCAGUGGAAGUGUUGGGGAGCAAAAGGAGAAGGAGUGAAAAAGACACAAGUCAAAAGCCGACCAGAAGAAGCAGAAACUCGGCGGUGGCCAUCCAACCGUCGUCAACUGCAUCUGGGGACACUCUUCCGUACAUGGUGGUAUUCCGAGGGACUGGCCCCAUAGACAAUACAGAUCGCGCGGAGGAAGUGCUUAAUGAGAUAUCUGCCUCACUACGACUUCUCUUGCUUAACUUUGCGCAGUCGGAUGUCUCUAACGAAAAGUACGCCGCACACCGAGCGAUUGCUCGCUCAUCGCGAACCGAUGCGGUGCGUCUUGCGCUGUAUUUGAUACGUUCCCUGGCAGCAGUUAGUAUGGCCCUCCUAGUUAACGCCACUGCAAAUGAGAGUGAGGAGGGGUUACUUCACGUUCGUGAGGUUGUUACCAGACACUUCGUGGCACUGCGCCGUCAGUUUAACUCAAUCGCUGCACCAGCAAUAUCAAAUGGGAGUGUUACAAAUGUGAUGGUGCGUACAGCUUCGCUUGUGCAAUGCUUCGGUGGUUUGGUUGCUGCAAUGCCCUGUGUUAACGGCAACGGUCGAAAAACGUCCCGGGGUGAUAACAAGAGCGCAUCUGAAACACUCGGUGAUGUUAACGAAGGGGAACGAGUUGACGUCGGAAGUGUCGCUCGUUGGCUCUUGUGCAAUGCAAUCAACCUGGAAUUCAUACAACAGACUGUGGCACCGACCGUGGCGGUUGCCAUGCGAUGCGGCAGACGGUCGGAAAAGCUCAGUACACUGGCAACGCAGGUUGCCUACGUUCUCCGUGAGCAAUUGGAAGCACGUCGACACGACUACGACACCGCCCGCGCACACGCCGACGAUGAAAACGCAGCGGUGAAUGUAUCGCCAUUAGAGGGAAGGAAGAAGCUAAGAAAGAUUAGCAGGGACAAGAGCAAUAACGGCAACUGUGACAGGUGUACUGGGAGUUUUGUUACUGUUGAUGAUGCUCUUUUCGCCCUGACCACAGUGGCAGAGGAGAUAAAAAAUGCCAGAAAGGAUGAGUUGGCGCGUCGUGAUACAACGAACACUCUCCGAAAGAGGGCCCGCAGUGCGGAUGAAAGUUACCCUAAGGGGAAUAAAAGAGCAAGGACCUCGCGGAGGUAA